AUGGGAAACUUAUGGUGCAUUCAAGUAGACGCCUCCUGGUCGGAAGAGAGUGACUGGAAUGGACUGGUUUUUAUCCUGCUUGAAGAUGAUAAGUUGGUUUGCUUGGGACUGGAGUCUUGCCCAAAAGGGCAGUCACCAUUACAUGCAGAAAAGGUGGAGUCUGAUUGUCAGCAAUUAGUGAACACCAUUUGGAAGGAUGAAGACUGGCUAGCCCUAGCGCCUGAGCUAUAUGGCAUCAGAGUUAUAUCUUCUUCAUUUCAAGUCAAGCAAGUCCGUGAGUUCGGUGAGGUUGAGUCCGUGAGGACACGCUCUGUGCCCAUUGUUGAUUCGAAGAGGAGGAGGAAAUGAGCUAUAACGUUGAAGCAAUUCAAUGAUAAAAGCUUCAAGUGCAGUGUUAAUGCUUAUGUUGUGUUCGAAACAGAGGAAGCUGCUGAAGCGUCUCUGGCACAUAACAUGUCUCUGAUUGCUGGGAAUCAUAUCCAUGUUGAUAGAGCAUGUCCGCCUCGUAAGAAGCUGAAAGGUCAGGAUGACCAUUUGUACGAUUCGAAGAGGACUGUCUUGGGUAAUCUCCCUUUCGACGUAAAGGAUGAGGAGGUGUAUCAGUUGUUUACUGGUAAGAGUAAUCUGGAGAACAAUGUGGAAGCUGUUCGUGUUAUCAGAGAUCCUCAUUUGAACAUUGGGAAAGGCAUCUUGUUUUAAACAAAGGAAGCUGCAAAUCUGGUACUCAAGAAAGGAUAUUUGAAGCUUAGCGACAGAGAUCUAUAUCGUAUCUCUCGAGUCAAAGCUGAUGCAACACCAUCAAAGAGAAAGACCAAUCCUUCUGACGCUUACUCUCCAGCUCAGAAAAGAGACAAAGUCGUCAUACCAGUUGCGACAGAGAAGGCUAAUCUUUCGUAUCAAGGUUAAGUAAGAGCUUCAAAAUCCGCUGAUGACAAGAAGAAGCCUUAUCAGAAAAGUCCUGCACAAUCUAAGAUGAGACCUAGAAGUAGCAGCAGCAGCAGCAAUGAAGGCAACAAAGCUGGUAGUAGUAGUAAUAAUAGUGCUGUGUCAGAAGCGAAAGCUGUUGCUGCAAGGAAAUUGAAAGCAAACACGAAAGGCUCUGGUGGUACGGGAUUUGCAGGGAGUAAGCGUAAACAAGAAAGCAGAACACCUGAUAGCUUCUCCAAGAAGAAGAAACCAAAACGGGGUUAGGUGGUUCUGUUUCAAACCAACCUUUUUCUUUGUUCUUAGCUUUGAUACUUUUCGUUUGCAACACUUGUGUUUACUCGCAAGUUUAAAGAAAAGCUAUAUUCAUAGAUAUCUUUUUAACAUGCUUAUUUUACACA